AAGAGAGAGAGGAGGAGGCCGCGGAGGCGGAGGCGGAGGCAGGGGAGGAGGAGCGGCGGCGAGCGGGUGACCAUGGAGGAGGAGGAGGAGCCCAGAGGCGCCUCACCAGAUGAGCCCCACGAUGAGGCGGGGGAGGUCCCCGGCCUGCCUGACGGAGACCCCGGCCUGGCCGCCAGCCCGGCCCCCUUGCCCUCGGCCCUCAUCCUGCGGGCCCUCCAACAGGCCGUAGGGGGUUCACUGCAGGGGGAGCUGAGCGGUGAGAAAGAUGUUUCUCGAGCUCGGGGUCCCCGAAGGAAACGCUGCCGGAGCCCCAGAGCCGAGAUGUGCCUCAGGGGCGCGGGCGGGACGGAUGCGGCUGCCGUGGUGGACCUUGCCGCCCGUAGCUUUCUGGCGGGGCUUCUGGGAGUGCUUGAGCCCCCCGACUCCUGGGUCCCCGGCCGCCCGGACCUCCCGGCUAUGGAGGAAGAGCCCGCUGAGAUGCUGGAGCUGGUGGCCGAGGUCCAUCUGGGGGAUGGGGCUCCCCUCUCUCUCCCCAUCUCCCACCCCCUGCACAGCAGCCGGGCCUGGAGGGUCGGCAAGUCAGGGUCUCUGCUGCAGCCGGGCCUCCUGGGCCCCGGCUCCCCCCUCCUAGUCCGGACCCGGCCCCGCCCCGGUUCGCUCCCCCCCAACCGACUCCCCGAGUGGGCACCCCGGCCGGGGCUUUGUGGGGGGCAGGGGAGGCCGGAGGAGGGCAAGCUGUCCCUGGAGGUGGUCACCACCGGGGCCCCCUUUCCCCCGGCGGCCCCACCUCUGGACUCCGAGAUCGAGGAAGGGGAGAUCGUGCAGCCCGAAGAGGAACUGCGCUUCGCCCCCGUGGCCCUGUUUCGGGGAGCCGGGGGCCGUGCGCCCCGGCCCACGCCCCCUUCGGCCGGAGCCGCCUCCGCUGCCACCACCGCCACCCCGGCCGCGCCGCUCCCUCCUCCGCCGGCCCGGGGCCCCGAGGGUGACGACUUCCUGUCCCUGCACGCGGAGUCCGACGGGGAGGGGGCCCUGCAGGUGGACCUGGGCGACCCUGUCCCUGCCGCACCUCCUGCCACAUCCAGCGACCCCCGCUGGACCGGCCUGGAUCUCCGGCGCAAAAUCCUGACCCAGCGGCGGGAGCGCUAUCGGCAGCGGUCUCCCUCCCCGGCCGUGACGCCCACUGCCCCGCCGCAGCCGCCCCGGAAGAAGUCCAAGCGGGAUCUGGCGGGGGCCAAGGGCCGCCCCGCCCGGUCCCGCGAGCCCCGGCCCCCCUGGGCCCCAAGGCAGGUGCGGAUCACAAGCCCAGCUCGGUCCUCCGCCCCGCCCGCCCGUUCCUCACCACGGCCACGGUCAUCCUGGUCCCGAGCCCGAGAGGGGCGAGGCCAGGUCGUCCCGGGGGCGGCAGGGGGUCCGGCCCGCCCCCUUCCUCCCUCCCGGGGGCCCGGACCAAACACCGGGAAUAGCAACAGAAGAAGAAAAGCGGUCCCGGGUCUCGGGGGGCGGGGGGGGGACCCCGAGAAGGUGUCGGGGGCCGGGACGGAGCGGGAGAGCCGGCGGCGGGGGGCCGUGCCCCCGUCCAUUCAGGACCUCACGGACCACGACCUCUUUUCCAUCAAGCGGACCAUCACGGUGGGGAGGGCCGAGAAGCCCGCUUCCCGCUCGGCCUCCUCAGCCGGAGGUCCCGCCCCGGCCUCGCCCCUGCCCAAGCGAGAGGUUCUCUAUGACUCAGAGGGGCUGAGCUGUGAGGAGAGGGGGGGCGGGGGCGGGAAGGGGUCCAGGGGCAAGGGUCGGGCGACCCGGCCCCCCAGGGGGGAAGGGGCUUCGAGGGGCGGGCGGGAGGCGGGACAAAGGGCUCCAAGACCCGCCUUCCUCGGGCAAAAGCGCCCCAAGACCCCCAGCCAGCGGGGAAGUCAAGCUUCGUCAAAGUGGAUCUUGAUCCGAGAAGGGCUCUCCCCACGUCCUUCUGCCUCCCCAGUGACCGCCCUGCUCUUCAAGAUGGAAGAGGCCAACCUGGCCAGCCGGGCCAAAGCCCAGGAGCUGAUCCAGGCCACCAAUCAGAUCCUCGGCCACGCCAAGCCGCCCUCGGCCCUGGGUGGGGCUCAGGCCCCCGGGGGGACCGUGCUGGGGCUCCCCCCCGGGCCUUCGGGCUACCUGCUUCACGGUGGGGGCGGCAUGGGGCUGCCUCUAGGAGGCUGCAGCUCCUCUCCCCCUUCACCUGGAGGCUUGGCCGGAGGCCCUGACCGGCGGGAAGGCAGCAGCAGCUCCGAUGGGCGGAUGGACACCGACAAAUACCUGAAGAAGCUGCACACGCAGGAGCGGGCAGUGGAGGAGGUGAAGCUGGCCAUCAAGCCCUACUACCAGAAGAAGGACAUCACCAAGGACGAAUACAAAGACAUCCUGAGGAAGGCAGUGCACAAGAUCUGCCACAGCAAAAGCGGGGAGAUCAACCCCGUGAAGGUGAGCAACCUGGUCCGAGCCUACGUCCAGCGCUACCGAUACUUUCGCAAGCACGGCCGCAAGCCUGGCGAUCCCUCGGGGCCCUCGCGCCAGUCCAAGGAGCCGGCGCCCCCUGACAAGUGCGGCCCAGUCCUGCCCGUGCCCCCACUCUGAGCCCCGACAUAUUUAUGUCUCUCCUUCCUCCCUUCUCCCCCCCACUGCCACGGCUUGGUGGGAUUGGGGGGCAUUGCGGGAGGGGACCCGUCUGGCCCCGCUAGCCUUCUCCCCACCCCCCCAGGCCUACUUCUUCCUUUCUCUUUGUGCCCUCUAUUCUCCAGCCCUAGUUAAGGAUUUCAUGAAAUGUUACACCCUCCA